UCGCCUCCGCAUUUCACCAACGGACACAGUACCGAUGCCACUAUACCGCAUCCUCAGUUAGCUCAAAAUUCAGCCCAAUCACCCGGCCUCCAAGUCACUCAAAGAGGUUCAACAUUCGGAAAAGCUAUAACGGCCACUGGAGAUGCUUCGAUUAAGGCAGGCAAUUACGUAGAUGGUGUCAAAUCGGGAGAAUUCGAUCAGGAGGGAUCAGCGUACCAGGAUAAUAUCGUUUCCGAAGAUAAAGCAAAAGUUAGCCUAGGCAAUCAUAUGAAUGGACAACAAAGUGGAUAA